AUGAUGACGGGCUCUUCCGUGACACCUUCCGCACCGCCCGUCGAUUCCUCCCCGUUCGCGGCGCCCCCAAACGGUUAGUUUGCCACGUGGCCACGUGUGACGGCCCGAAAAGAACACUCCCUUUUUUGCCCUUUAUUGAUUUUUUGAUAAUAAAAACGCGGCGUCGUGUGAAUGAGCGCCUCUUAUUCCCAUUUUCAUAUUGAAGACGCGUCGCCGACGAACGACUCGACCGACGUGAUGAGCAGAAUUCCGGGCGGGAUAAAAGUUCCGGAUGUCGUCGCAAAGUGAGUUUCUUCUCACGGCACAAUCACCCUUUCCGUGAUCUCUUUCCCGCCGCGUGACCGUGUUUACCCUUGCCUACCGGUACAUGAAAACCCGUCCUUAUCCCCUUUUUCUGUUGACUUUCCUCUCGACCGCCUUAACCCGGAAACACGAGUUUUCCCUUCUACUUCUUUCGAAUUCUGCCGUUUCCGAUGGGUAUCACCUCCAAAAACAGCAUCAAAUUAUUUCGAGGCAACCGGCCGCCUAAAGCUAUCCCAAUCAGAGCUUGUCCUUUGGAAAAAUGUCCUCGGUUUGAGUCUAGAGCCCUUUAUUUUUCCAAUAUUUUGUAAAUGUGUAAUAAUUAUAGUCUUGAUACGGCGCAAGUGGCCGCGAAGGUCGAAUCAUUCAAGAAAUGGACGAUCGGAACGUUCAAAAACUCGAAGCAGCAGCUUUUGGAGCACAUGGGAAAGAUCGACAAGACUGUGGAUCCGGAGUUCGAAGCACAGUGCGAAGUGCUCAAAGACAUCCACAGACGGUACGGACUCGUCGUCUCGGCUGCCAAGAACUUCAGUCAGGUGCUUUCGCAGAUGGCGGAGGCGGAGAAAAAGCUGUCUGAGUCGUUCUAUCAACUUUCACUGAAAGAAGAGCAGAUUAAGGUGAGUCCGAGGGAGAAAACAGACUCGAAAAUAAAAGGGAUUCCAGGCCCAAUGCACGACUACGUCGGAGACGAUGCGCGGAGUCGGAGAACAGGCGGCCUCCCUCGAUGCUUGCCUCAGAUACUUCAUUUCGUCGAUGGAAACAGUUUACAACCAGACGAUCACCGACACGUUGCACACCAUCUACAACACUGAAUCUGUUAGUUCCGGAAGAUUCUUCUCACGGAAACUAAUUUUUACGAUUCCAGGCUCGCAUCGAAUACGACGUUGAUCGUAACGAGAUCACAUCGGCCACCAUUCCUGCCCAGGGACAACAGCCAAAGUCCCUUCCGGUCGGCGCUUCCGAGAAAUGCGAAGAGAAAAAGGGAAGGUACGAAAAACUAAAGAGCGACGCGAAGAUCAAAAUGCGACUUCUGGAGGAGAACCGUAUUUCCGUGGUGGCCGUCCAACUGGAAAAGCUCCAGUCUGCACUGGCCGCCUAUUACUCUGGAAAUGCGAAGCUUCUGGAGUCCUCCGUUCGCGAGUUAAGCAUGCUCCAAACUCCGCAGCCCUCUUUCAUCCCGACAAUGUAA